AUGGAAAGCAAUGAUAAUAAUUUAACAAAUAUAAAUAUAGAGAUUUUUUCACCUCAAAAGAGGAUGAAAUUAAAACAUUAUCAACAACAACACACACAAGUUAAAGCAGAAGAUAAUGAUAUAAUAAUGGAGUCGGAAGAGUCAGAGUUAUUUUCAAGUAAGAGAUUGGUUAUACCCGGUCAAAUUAUAUCGAGAGAGGGCGAGUAUUUAAAGGGUCAUGGUACAUUUCAUAAUGGAAGUAAUUUGAUAGCAUCGGUAUGCGGCACAUUGGAUAAAGUUGAUAGAUUAAUUUCAGUUAAAGCAUUAAAAUCCCGUUAUCACGGCGAAGUGGGCGAUAUUAUAGUUGGUAGAAUCACCGAGAUCUCAUCAAAGCGUUGGAAAGUGGAUGUAAAUUCACGUUUGGAUUAUAUAUUAAUGUUAUCAGCUAUCAAUUUACCAGGUGGCAUUCAAAGACGUCGUACCUCUGCAGAUGAACUCCAAAUGAGAAAUUUCUUUGUAGAGAACGAUUUAGUGUAUGCCGAAGUCCAAAUGAUAAUGGGUGAUGGUUCGGUCGCCAUUCACACACGUAAUCAAAAAUACGGUAAGCUCCAAAAUGGCCAUUUUAUGAAGGUAACACCAUCUUUAAUCAAACGUUCAAAACAACACUUUUAUUCAUUAGAGUGUGGUGUAGAUGUAAUUUUAGGUCUUAAUGGUUAUAUUUGGAUUGCAGACACUGAGCAACAAAAGAAUCAAUCAGCAUUCAUUCAAAAACACGAAAAAGAAAAUUUCGACCAAGCAUGUAUCAUACCAGAUGACAUUAAACAAAUUUCAAAAGAUUCAAGAGACCGUAUAUCUCGUGUAAAAAAUUCAAUCGCCUUAUUAGAAAAAGGUUUCCUUUUGAUUCACAGUAAAAGUAUAAUGCAGGUUUACCAUUUAUCAAAUAAAAUGAAAUUAGGUGCCAAAGAUUUAUUACACCCACAAUAUAUAAAACAAAUUUUAACUUUAUUAUCAACAGAGUACAAUGAUGAUAUUAAAGAUGAAGAAUAA